AUGCGUUAUACCUGCGAGAGAAGACUGCAGGCGAAAAAGGAACUGAAAAGUGCUGGAGGUGGUACCUAAGAUAUCUGUCUCCUCCACCUAGGUUGUUAGGAGUCUGAUCGAAAGAUUAUUUUUAUUGGUAACAGCCGAGUGCGACAGCGGAUGUGUCUCAUUCUUGAUGCUGUUAAAUCUUUUUUGAAGGCUCUCAGAUGGGGGGUUCUGCGAGGAACACGGUGGGACACGUGAAGCUUGCCGGACUCCGUCCCCUCUAGAAGAAAAAUGGCUGAAGCAGUGUUCGGUCCAGGAGGGGCGGCCGGGCAGGUUGUCAGCGACGCCCGCGGAGCUCAGGAGGCGAGGCCGCCAGCCAAGUUUCUGAAUGUUCUGCCUCUACGCACGGGUGGGCAUAUCUUAAAUGUCCAGCUAUUAUCUUAUGAAUGAUCGUUUUUUUAAAGAUGUAUUAAAUUGACCGAAAGUGCAUUCCGUGCAAGGAUUUCGAACACGUAUGCGGUUCGUCCUAUGUUUGAGGUGUACUAAAAUUUACCUCUUUUAUACAUGUCGUUCGGGGUUGUACUAACAAUGAUAAAGAUAUUUCUCAUUCUCUCGAUAUCUCGAGACAUCCCGUGCCUUUAAUUUUCGCGAGGCUGCGCCUUGCUCAUCGUGGGAACACAACUCCCAAAAAGUACGCAGAGUUCGUCCGCGCUGGCGUUCUUCUGCGCCGUCGGAGGUGUCGAUGUGCUGGCAGCGGUGCUGUCCUGGUACUCGUUGCAUUUCAACGAUACGGUCGCGCUGAAAUGGGGACUAUACUGGCGCGUCCUGUCCUUAUUUUUUUUCCUGCCGUACCGUAUGACUCGCUGUUUAUCAGUCUGAGAACGAAGUUGUAGGCCAUGAUUAUGAUUAUUUCAAAAAUCCUGAUGAUGAAUCAGAAUCUUAAUCAUCAUCAUCACCGCCAUCAUCGUUGCCCUGGUUUUUUAGGUUAGCACGAAUGGCCUAUUUUGCCGAAUGAUUUUCAUUUUGUAAAUCCAUGCAUUAUAAUAAUGUGAAAAAAUACUUGUACAACAUUUCUAAAUUUUUGUUCGGAUACCUUUUAUUUGAUGAAGCGGUAGCGCAAAAGAUUCCGUUUUGGCUUACGGCAAUGCUGAUUCUUGUGGCUGUGGCUGUCGAAGCCGUGCUUGUGCGGGAGGUAUCGAUAAAUUGUUGUGUGAAGUUGCUGCAGAAUGCAAUUUUAUUGUCACCUUUGAACUCGGAGUCACAGGUGAAUACAGUCGACCUGCCAGUUGCUUAUUGCUUUUAUUCCGACUCUGAGUCUUCCUUGCUGACUAAUAUCUACCACAAUCUUGGUUUUUCGCAACGGCUGUAUGGAAAAAUUGUGGGUGCAACGUAUGUAUGACUCGUGGGUGUGCUUGCGUUUGUGAUCAUUUGGAUGCGUAUAAUCCAGAUCAGUUUGGAAUUAGGUUAACAACAUGCACUACCAGAAUCAUAAAUUCUUGUGUGCGCCGAUUCACAGAAAUACAAGCUCAUGCUCUACCUGAUGCGAAUCAACAAGUUCAAGAAAGACCUGGUAAACCAAUUCAAAGAACCAACGUGGCUUUCCGGCAAUCCUGAUCGCGCGUGCGUCUUCUUCGACCUGAUUCCGCUUACAACAGCUGUGGCAGGCUAUGCGGUCUUCACCUUUCUUGCGUCGAUAAUCGGUACUGCUUAGUACUACUUAGUAAUUGGUGUCCAGAUGAAAAUCAAUAUGAGUAUUUACAAAAAUUGGCUAGAAAUUCAUGUUGAUCAUCAUGACGAUUCGAGAACUGAAAGAGCAAGCACUUUCGAUAGAUUGUGCUAAAAGUUACUAGCCUGGAGCGCCCGACAACACCCCCUCGCGCUAGGAUUCCCCUCCUCUCGAAGUAACCCGCGGAGCACUCAGCUCGCCUCAAAUUCCAUUUCUUGGGUUUGAAUUGCUCAAAUCCGAAAACUUUUGAUUUUGGCGAGUUUUUCUGAGAUUCAAGAUCUUGGUCGUGAAUUGCUCAAAUCUAAAAGUUUACGACUUUAGCAAAUUUUUCCUGGCAUUCAAUUUCUUGGGUUUGGGUUCCUUUGGCAAGUUUUUCGGGGAUUCACUCGCUUAGGUUUGGAUUGCUCAAAUCCAAACACUUCCGACUUUGGUAAAAACAUCUCGGAGCUUUUCUGGGAUUCAAUCUUUUUCCUCAAAUCCAAAAGUUUUCGACUUUAGCGAGUUUCGCUGAGGUUCAACCUCUUGGGUUUGAAUUGCUCGAAUCCAGAAAUUUUCGAUUUUAGUGGGUCUUGCUGAGGUUCAAUCUCUUGGAUUUGAAUUCCACAAAUCAAAAACUUGCGCUUUUUUUAGCGAGUUUCACUGCGAUUUAAUUUCUUGGAUUUCAAUUUCUCAAGUCCAAAAAUUUUCGAUUUUAGCAAGUCCCUCAGGGGUUUCUUGAAUUGAAAUCCCCAAACUCCAAAUCCAAAAGUUUGUGACUUUAGCAGGUUUUUCUGAAAUUCAAGCUCUUGGAUUUGAUUCGUAAGACCAGUUCCUUGUAUUUGAAUUCCUCAAAUCCCAAAACUUUUGAUUUUAACAAGUUUGGCCGGGGUUCAAUUUCUUGGAUUUGAUUCGCCAGCCCAUAAGUUCAGAAGUGCGCAAGUUCAUAAGUUCAUAAGUGUAAGCCCAAUUUCUUGGAUUCCAUUCGAAUUCCUCAGAUCCCAAAGCUUUUGAUUUUAAAAAGUUUUGCUGAGGUUCAAUUUCUUGGAUUUGGUUCGCAAGCCCAUAAGUUCAGAAGUGCGGAAGUUCGUAAGUUCAUAAGUGUAGGCCCAACUUCUUGGAUUUGAAUCCCUCAAAUCCCAAAACUUUUGACUUUAGCAAGUUUAGCCGAGGUGCAAUUUCUUGGAUUUGAUUCGCAAGCCCAUAAGUUCAGGAGUGCGUAAGUUCGUAAGUUCAUAGGUGUGAGCCCAAUUUCAAAGUUUUUGACUUUGGCAAGUUCUGCCGCGAUUCAAUUUUUUGGAUUUGAUUCCCAAGCCCAUAAGGUCGCAAGUUUCUAAGUUCAUGAGUUCGUGAGUUCAUGAGUUCAAAUGUGAAAGAGGGAGAGUUUGGGGUUUGGAAGUGGGAGAGUGAGAGUUUGGCGGGGUCGUUGUUGUUUUUUAAUUUAGCUCUUUAAUAUUCAACACCGUCAAGACUGACAACAGCAAGAAGAUCAAGACUUCUGCUCUAUUUCGUAUCGCAGUUUUAGUACAACUUUCAUCAAGGACAAAGCCAUGCUUGAACAUCAUCGGAAUAAGCUUUUCAGGUCUAAUUCUGAGCGCAUUCUUCCCGACGACCGCGGCCAUUUUUAAGUCUCAUAUUAAAUCUAUUAAUCACAACUAGCAAAUUUCUUCCAACAACAUAAAAGAAUGCUACAUACUUUAUCUUUAAUAUUACUAGGGAUAAGUAGAAUCUCCACUUCCCCGCAUUAGGCUCGAAGUACUAAAUGGGACACCAUGAUGAUGAUCUCCACUUCUAACACCUGGAACAAUUUUAUGCGAGAAAAAUCAAGAAAUUCAAAUUGAUAACGCGCUGUUGUAAAGCAUCAAACGAUGAAAUAUUUGCUGAUGUUGGCAUGGCUAAGACCAAUUUUCUACGUUGAAACAACUAGGUAUCUACAUGUAUAUUCUAAUUUGUUUGGAUUUUAUUCCGAGAAUAUUUCCGAAACACGAGCGCUUCUCAGCGUUGUCAACUUUCUGGGCCUUAUUUUUCCGGUCUGGUGCCUUGUGGGGAUCCAAGAAAAUCGACCGGAGGAUGAUAUGGCUCUGUCUAAACUAUGUAACUCGUAAAGAUAUGAGUAUCUAUGAAGAGAGGGCUCUUCCGUCACUUCUUUCACACGUCUAAGUAUCUACGUGGUUAUCUGAUCUACUUGGCACUACGCGUGUGCGUUAUGGUUCCAUCGGUUUUGCUGAAUUCCAUCAUGGCGAACAUGUGCGGGGCGUACGGGGAGCUCAAAGGGUCGCUGGGCUUCACAAGUCCCGCCAGUGGCAGUGCUCCUAUUCGCUCUGCGGGACAAGUCGCCACUGAGCCGCCCGACGAUGGCGUGGUAUAAUUAUAGUUUCUCGUUGUACUUCUGAAACCUCGAGUAAUAUUUGCUCUUUUUCCUGAAAGAAGUUGUAAUCUCUGUCGAUUUCUGGGAUUCAUCUUCUGCUCCUAGUUUUCUGUUUCGUGCGCCGUAUGAAAUCAGACAAGCAAGAGUCUUCUUCACUUGUGAUAUUACGGAACGAAAGCAUGAAUAUGUAAUUAUCAAUGAUCAGGUAAACGUGUCCUGCGGCACUAAAGAGCUAUCGUAUUUCCUCGUGAUUGCGGCAGUCGUUGCCGUUCAUCUCUAUUUUUUCCACUUGACAUAUCUCCUGUAUUUUCGUCUCACCAACUCGGAACUCGGAAAGCCAAGGUUAAGGCCAGUUGCUCAUCAUCCCAAGUGGACUUCUCUACUGAGUGAGAACACGCCAUUGCGUACCGCCACCUCUAGACCUAAUUCCGCUUCUCGGUAUUUCAAGGAAGUCAAUUCAGGUCAGGAUGAUGAGAGAUUCAUCUCGCUAAGGAGAGUAAAGGCGCAAUCGUAUGGGACGAUGGAUGGUCAGCGCAUAGUGACCGCAGACAUGAUCUAG